UUUUUCUUUUUUGUGCAGGAAGUGCCUUUAUUUAAGAAUGGUGGGCCUCGCGACAAGGGGAGGAGUUGAAGAAAUUGGAAGGAAGCCAUGGGACAAGGGGAGGAGUUGAAGACGAGACCCGACCCCAAAGUGGAGAUCCAGGAAAGGGGAGAGAUCUUCUUCUUUUACAGGCCCAAGGUUGAGAGGGAAGAAGCUCAGAGUCCCGAUGAUGUGCAAAGGUUGUACAUCGUCCUCCGCCCCGAGUCUGGCGAGCGAGCAGUGGAAGAGAAGCAAGCUUCGGAUUCUGGCAAGGAAGGCGAGAAGAGAUCUAAGUCAGAUGAGGAAGGCGGCCGUGGCAAGAAGAAGGUCGAGCAUGUCGGAGAAGGAACCGAAGGUGGCCACGGCAGUGAGGAGGUGAACAUCGAGAAGCAGCCAUUGCUCCGAUUUAUGGUCAUGGGAAGGAAGAGGCUACCAGAUCCGAGCAAGAGAAGCCGUCCUUACUGGGGAUUCGUGGAGAUGGUGACUACGAAGGUGGAAGACAUAAAAACCGCUCUAAAAGGAGAGGAGUACGACACUGCCACCCGUGGGCACCGCCGCAAAUCUCCGGCAAGAGCCCUUGCAGAGGGCAUCUACCGCAUCCUGAGGCACCAAUCAGGGAGGAAGACGCAUACCCACCUCGUGUACAAGCUGGAAUUCCCCCCGGCGGAUGCCGACGAUGGGCCUCAGGAGUCGCUCAACAUCGAACGUGAGGGCUCCUUCGUCAUCCAAAUAAAGAAUCCCGAGCAGAAGAGCAGCACGGCCUACUUCAGAGGCCUCCAGAGCAAGCGCAAGGCCGUGUUCCCCGCCCACCUCCAGGGCCAGCUUGGGCAACGACGCUUCGGUCCGGCAGACCCCCCGGAUUUCCUGAAUUAUGAAGGGUGCGAGUUCUUGCUCAUAUCGGCGUCGGAUGAUAUAGGUGAGGAGCUUGGUCUCGAGCUCAGGACGGAGGAAGAGGGGGAUCAGAAGUGUUCGGAUUUGAUAGAGAUGUUUGGAGAGACGGCAUCCUCCAGGCCACUGCUCCGUGGCACUUGGGUUUGAGUCGGAUACCUCGUCAACUCAUGUUAGUUUAGUAGGAUAUAUGGGAGUCGCCUCAAAGUUGGCUUUUGGGGAUAUAUAUAUAUAUAUACGGUAUGUUGUGAAUACUUUUCUCUUGCUAGUUUCAGGUUUUGGCCAGAAUUAGCGUUUUGUUUGUACCUAUAUAUAGCUUGCUCUGGCAAUGAUCCACAAGGCUCUGUUGCAAGCAAAGCUGACAAACUUGGGUUCAGAACAAGGCUUUUAAUGUACAGGUUGUGGGGGUUGUUAAGGCUUAAGAAGCAAACAUACUAUUAUAUUUUCAGCUGGGAUUGUGGCCUGCCAUGGCAGUGUUAAUUAUGAGCAAUUGAUCUGUUGCAGAUAUCUUAAAUGCUCGCUACGGCAAAACUCGGAGUGAAACUUGGAAAGUCUCAAUGAGAGAAACAAAAACUCCAUAUUGAAAAGAGGGCUGAGCUUAUUCUGUGUAUCCAUGCUCGUCUCUUCUGUCAAAGAUGCUACUAGAACUUCUCUUGUGGCCUAUUUUUGUCUUCCUUGUCUACUGUACUAGGUCACUUGAGUGUGCUGUAGUUUUCCUUUCAUAUUAAUCCAUAAGUCAAUGUUUCU